CGCCCCUCUCUGCUUUUCUGCCCACGGCCCCGAGCGAAAUCCAAUCGAAUCUUUUCAGUCUUCGACGAUCCUCCCCUUCGAGCAUACACCCACACAUCUGCCUCCCCACCUUGCCCCACAAGUGAUCAGCAUCAUGUCCGACGACGAGGCUCACAAUGUUAACUUCGAGAGCGCCCACGCCGGGUCGUCUCUAACCUACCCAAUGCAGUGCUCCGCUCUUCGCAAGAGCGGUCACGUCGUGAUCAAGGGGCGACCUUGCAAGAUCAUCGACAUGUCUACCUCGAAGACAGGAAAGCAUGGUCACGCGAAGGUACACCUUGUGGCCACUGACAUUUUUACUCAGAGGAAGUACGAAGACAUCUCGCCCUCCACCCACAACAUGGACGUUCCAAAUGUCAGCCGAAUUGAAUAUCAAUUGAUCAACAUUGACGACGGAUUCCUCAACCUCAUGACCGGCGACGGUUCGGGCAAGGAUGACGUCAAAGUUCCUGAGGGAGAGCUUGGAGAGCAGAUUCAAGCUGCUUUCGACGACGGCAAAGACAUCAUGGUGACCAUCGUUUCUGCCAUGGGCGAGGAGCAGGCUUUGUCAUUCAAGGACGUCACCGGCAACAAGUAAAUUUCCGGC